AUGGAAGUUUCUACUUCACUAGCUGCUGUUAACCCUGCCCCAGACACCACCACCUUUGACAAUAACACUAAAAACUCAAAUUUUCGUAUUUCGUUACCAGACUUUGACAAACUCUUCCCAUCUCCAGUCGAGUUCGACUUGCCUGCUGAUAUAUUAACCGAUGAGGCAAUUGCCUUGCGGUCAACACGUGCAUUCACCCGAUCACAAAAACAUGGGACGAAGUCUCGUAUCUACAACGACUCGACAAGCGAAGAAGAAGAUUACUAUGGUCAUCAUAAAACGAGAUCGUCGUCGUCGUCGUUUCCAACUUGGCAAAAUAAACCCUACUCUUCACGUCUCCAAGAAAAAUACUCUUUACUUCACAGUAAUAAUAAUAAUCGACCACACCGAAAACGCACAAUGCAACAAAAACUCAACAACAGACAAAUUGCCUCGUUCCCUGAGCGCCCACCAAUCACUGAAAAAUGGGAUGCUAAAAGCUUUGCAUACACCCCUUUCACUAAGACCGUGUCGCCGUCUGUGCUCAUGAAAGGGCCAUUCAGAUUGAAUGCACGUGAUAUAGAACAAAAGUUUAUGCAGAAUUGCUUCUCUGCUCACGUGGCUGCUAUCAUUUCUGCGGCGAAUUAUCUUGAUGAAAGAGAAGAAUCUGGAAAAGGGGAUGGAAGUAGUGCUGUUAAAGGAAAUGGAUUAAACUAA